AUGAUAUCUCAUUUCAACGAUCUUCCCCUCGAGCUACUCCCGCUAAUCGUGCAGUAUCUCUUACGUCCCAGUCAUCUGGCCAUUGCUUGUCGCGUCAACAGGUCGUUCUACACAUUUUCAAUACCUCUUCUUUAUGAGCGGGUGUUCAUAUAUGCGUGGCAUAAAGAAGGAAAAGCCAAGGUCAUAAAGCUCUUCAAAACACUGGCUGACUAUCCGCAUCUUGCAAAGCUAGUGCAGCAGCUGGGUAUGGGUCUCUUAUUAUUCUCGUUCCCUCCGCCCUCAGCGAUGACGUCGUCAGCGAUUCGCGACUUUCCCAAGGCUCUACAAACGGAAGAUUACGACCUCGUACUUGCCGCCUGUCUCGAUGGCAUCCGGAACUGCGUCAACCUACGCGCAUGUACAUGGACCAGGCACGGAUCGCUCACAUCAUCUGUUCUAAGCACACUCGUCGAGUGUUCGCGGCUACAAGAGCUGGAGAUCAACGGCGAGCAUGCCGGAUUUUACGACCCCGCCAUCCUCCCUCGUUUCACACACCUCCGCAAGCUAUCUCUCAUCAUGCCGAGCGCCGCCGUAGCAAGCAUGCUCCUCCCAUGGUGCAAGAAUACAAGCGGCACGCUCCAAUACCUCUCAGUCAUUUGUCAGUCGUCUCCACGGAUCAACGAUGAAGUGGUCGCAAGCAUCGCGCCCUACGUCACCAAUCUGGAGUACAUAUACUUCGUUGGAUGCCCCAAGCUCACCCACGACGGUCUUUGGACGCUGCUUUCUGGGAAUUACAAGGGGGUCGUAGGUCUCGGGAUGGAGGGUUUAUCGACCGCUUUUGACAUGCACGCUUUCAGCGAGCUCUGUACCCACCACAACACCCUUUCCCGCCUCCGGUCCAUCACCCUCACCGUCGACGAGCACACCGCGCUCGACGAAUGGCAGAAAUCCGUCCUCGCCCUCCUCUCGCAUGCGCCGCUGCAACAGUUUCACAUCUCCACCGUAGGCGGGCACGUCAACCAUCGUCUCGACGACGCAUUUUGCGCGGCCGUCGUCUCUGCGCACGGCUCUCGCAUCACCCGCUUCUCGGUGCAUCGGAUGCGCAUGACCAUCGACGCCAUCAUGGACAUCUGCCGACGGUGUGUAGUGCUUGAGCAGCUGUUCAUUGUAGUGGAGCAGGACGACCUGGACGCGUUGGGACCCUGUCUUGCACAAGCACCAAAGCUUCGUGCAGUCCACAUCAACAGACCUUUGGACUUCGGGUCUGAGGACGUCCCGAAGCAGUCACUGGACCUCAUCCUGUCAAUCGCUCGCCAAUGCCGACCAACCGUCAGGCAGUUUGGGUUUAACACUCGGGUCUUCCAGGUUGAUCGCAAUGUACACUCGAAUGCGGACGGCACGACUGAUGUCAAUGUCGCCUUAUCAUCAUACGAGAUCCCAGAGAUCCCGGAGCAGUUCUUGGUCGUCCGGACUUGA